AUGUGUUAUGGUACCCCACACAACCAGCUAUCACGAACACAAUACGAGACAGUACGCAGUGCAGUAAGUUUGGCUGGUGUCAAACUUCCCAAUUACAAAACUCUGAAGGCACUUCUGAACCGGAUUAAAAAGAAAUUGGGGCUGAAAUUGGUAUCAACCAUGAGUCCAUUAAACAAUGCUUGCUAUUCAUUGCCCCUAAAGGAUCUUUUAAGACUGGAUUUGGCAAAACCACAUGUAGCCCAGAACUUGACCUUUUAUCCUGAGGUAUCAACAGACGGGGUUGUCAAAGAAUUUUGCCAUUCCGACAAAUGGCUUAAUGGGUGGCAAACAGCAGGGCGGAUGGAGAUACAGCAGGAGGAAAAAGUGGGUUUAAGUGAAGUGGGGGUUGUUGAAAUCUCAAAUUUCAGGAAUAGCUUUGAAAACAUUAUUCUACCAGGUGGACAUCACUUAAAGGAUUUAUAUGGAAAUGUUCUAUACCGAAUAAACAAUCAGGGUGAAAUGGUUAACGGGCGUUUACGGAAUUGGAGUGAGACAAAGAGGCUAACUGAGCAGAUAUGGAAGGAUUCAGCCAAACCCAAUAUGGCUUCAAAGGUGGAUGCAUUGCAAAAGUCAUAUGGUUUGAAAGACACAAUGAUGCAACCUUUCAUUGAGAAUAUGAGAAAGGUUCAACGUCAGCGUGAUAUAAAUGAGACCAAAAGAGUUGCCAUGGAGUGCGAAAAGACUUUGGGUGACAGAAUUUUCAAUCCAUUUUUAAAAUUAGAUGGUUUGCAACCAAACCAGAAAUUCACAACAGCUCAAGAGUUCUUAUCUUUGAAUGAGCGUCAGUUGGAGGUCAUCCAUUCAUGUGGCCUAAAAAAUGGGCAACAAGUUCGAGCUGGUGACUUUGUUGGUGUCAUGACUCCUUAUAUGAACCCAUCUCAAUGGAUUGGGCGGAUAAGAGCAAUAUGGUCACCAAAAAUUGGCACUCAACAACAGUCCAGUCCGAUUCUUUCACUUGAUUUUAGGUCCAUAUCAACUGACUGCCAUGUGUUCUAUGGCAUGUGUGCACUUAAAAUACAUCCACAUAGUGUAUAUGUAUAUUUUGAUGAAGUGAGGUGUUCCAUGAAUGUCCAGCAUAAUUGUUAUGACUCUCACUGCCAGACCGAAAAACCAAGGAACCCCUCUUUUUUUCCAAUACAUAAAACUGGCACUCCUUUGGAAACUCAUACGCACAAGGACACAGAUCUUUACAUUAUCAAUAGUGGUGCACUCUACAAUGGACAGGCCCAUAGAGAAUGGGCCCAUAUACAUUGUCAACCCGUGACCCCUGAAAUGUGGACUCACGCAAUACAUGUGGGAUUGCAGCAAUGGGAAGAUAACCCCAAAUGA